UCUUACGCGGCCCAGCUGUGACUAGCCUAACUGACACUACUGUCAACAUAGAGGCUAAGUGUCAAGAUCAAAUUAGGCCUAUUGAAGCGUUAGAAGGUCACUUUAUGUGGAAAGAUGUCAUCUGUGAAUUUGUCUUAUGAACAUAAUGUCGAGGAUGUUCUAGACUUUGAAAUAGACACUGACAAACCGGGAGGUACAUUUGCUGUCAGUGUGGGUGCACUGCUUAUGCUUGCAUACUUUUUGUCAUUGGUUGUGUCAUAUUUGCACAUUCGCACUGAUUCUAUUGUUUAUCCCAUGGCACGGGCACCAACAGGACAGUACUUCUGUGAGUACUUCAUCCUGAUCAGGACAUCUCUUAGGCCAGAGUCCUCAUUUGAUCGUCAGCUGAGAGGACGGAUAUUUAUACAGCUGUUUGGAUCCUUCGCAGAUUCCCCUGUUCUUCUUUUGAAAAAAGGAAGAGGCAUUCAGUUCUUUUUUGCCCGUGGCGCCACCAACAUUUUCGUUUUCCAUUCACCUUAUGAUUUAGGUGACAUUGUGAGUUUCAAAUUUGAAUUCAUCAAUGACGCUCCUUAUGAAAUUCCAUUCAUUUCUUGGUUUCCAUCUUUUGUGUCAGUGCUGCGUCCUGCCACAAAAAAACAUUGGGGAUGCCAACCCGAAGAAAAACUUUUUUGUCAUGACAAAAUGGCAAUGACAUUUGACUGCACCCCAGGCCUGAGAGACUCAAAUGGAAUCCUUAAAUCUCUUUUUCUGUAUCAUAACUGGCUUUCAAUGAUGAAUUCACCUGUGAGAUUUGGCAUGUACAGCAACAUUGUGAACACAAUAAUGGUGUAUUUCUCUCCUGUGAUGAUCCUGUCCAUUCUUGAGUUGUAUCAGUUUGUGCAAGAUUCGAGAGAUGCGCCUCAGUAUCUGCCAGAGAUUUUAAAAACCCCCGAAGUUUGUGUUGCUCUGACUGUGGUUCUGGUGUGGAUCACUCAACUUCUGCUGGAGGCCUUAUUAAGAAACACAGCCCCAAAAUCCUAUUGUGCAUCAUUGAAACUCUAUGAUGGCCUCGCAGAUGUCAUAGAGUCUCCAUUCAUUGGACGCGAUUUUCUUGUUGAAUAUGACUGGGAAGGAGUCAAACCAUUGAUUCCCAGACACGGUGUAGUAAUGGCCAUGGGGAGCUCACAUGGAUAUGCCCAGAGUGUCUUUAACAUUGGAAAGCUUCAUUCUGUCUACAAUCUUUGGGGCAUAUAUACAUUAGAGGAACAAAGAGAGUGGAGUAUCUUUACACGAAGCAUUAAUGCAGCUGCUCUUCCGCUGCCUCCGUCAAUGAGGUGGCUUGCUAAGGAAACUUGGAGCAUCAAAGAAGAAAUACUUGUAAAUCAGUAUGAAAGAACACACGACAGUCCAGUGUGCCUCUUCUGUUCCUGGUUACGCGACUGGCCUGCACCUUACAUUAAUGAACCUCAGCAGGCAGGUGUGAUCUUCAGUAACAUCAUCUGCAAAGAUAUUCUUACCCUCAUCAAGAUGGAGAACAGGCUCACCCGUGCACGAUUUGCUCGUGUUUGUUUGUUCCAAUGGCAUGGAUUGCUGUGUUUUGUUUUCUUGUACUUCAUUUUGCAAGAAGCAGACAGAAGAAAUGAAGCCACAUCAGCUAUCAAAGCCUUCAUUCGGAGAACAGUGGAUCAAUUUAGCAACAGGAAUGCGCGUGAAAUCCAGGCGAAGUGGGAAUUGAGAAAGCGACAUUUCCAGUCUGUAUUUAAAGGAAAGAUCAGAUCUGUAACUUCCCUACCAGCAGGAGUGUUACAAAUAAAGGAUGAACUUGAACUGUUUGCUCAUCAUCAACCACACUAUGACUACCUCACAAGUAAACAAGAUGUUACGAGAAAUCUUCUGGAAGACGAGUGGGAUGAUGAAAAUAUGAGUGCCCAGCCUUUUGUUUUCACAACAUGUAAGAUUGCGAGCUCCAUAUUAAAGAGAAUUUUCCCAGUGAUGAAAAAAGCAAACACUGAAUUGAAAUCUCGUUGGAGUAAUGAUGGCUCCUGGGACUUUGACAAUUUUGAGACGGAUGAACUGAUUUUUGAAAAAAAUGGAGAUAAUUGCAGUGGAUCUGGCUUAUUCAAAGCAGGAACUAGAAGGACAAACAAGAAAACAAAUGGGUCUGGUGAUGACGCUUUGAAUGUCAGUAAUGAAGCACAUGAAAUUGAGCAUCAGUCACCUUGCCGAAAGAUGAAUGUAAGGAUGGAUUGUUAUGAUGACAUAGAGCCUACAGGAUAUUAUGAAGUAGAAGAGUGCCCAGAGAGAAGGAAGAGAAAACGCUUCAGUGGAAACUUAUCAGGUCGAAAGUCUUCAUCAGGGCUGCAUACAGGACCCAGUGCUAAUCAACCCUGUAGUUCACGGACAUCAGUUAAAGAAAGCUGGAAGUUUGAUCAGAACAAUUGUGCUCUUGAGGAUUUGCAGCAAGAGAAAAAAGACAAAGACCAAAUUGUCAAGGAGAAACUAGAGAAAAAGAGAAGGACUAACGAACCAGUACAGAAAGUGGAAGGUGUAACCGAUGAGAAGAAAAUAGUAAAUAAAGAGGUACAGGAUGUUGAUGACCUUGAAGAUAGGAAGAGCUGCCCUAUAUCAUCUUUCGAAACUGUGAAGCUGGGAUGCAGCUAUAACAAAAGUGUAAUGCCCAAAGAAAAUCCUUCAAACCCAUCCAUGCUUCUUCGACACAAGGAUGAACUUUCUGGUUAUUGUUGUGGAACUGAGAAAUGUGAACUUUAUCUAGAAAUUCACAAGAAGGUUGGCCAUAUCUCAUUGGAAAUAAUAAGGAAACAAUUACUGAAACUCCUGCACUAUGCCAUGGAUUCGAGAUUCAACAGGCUGGAAAGAUCAAAAUGCUGGCUGAGAAAGAAACUGGUGACCACAACUUUUGAAUCCAUGGUUAAAAAGGCUCAACUGUUUGAUGAUUCCAUGUUCCGCCCUACAAAUGAAGAUAAAAAUAGCUUUGUAGGUUUUAUCUGCAAUGAGCUCAUGACCAGUAAUCUUACCAUUCUAGAGGUCAUGCUGGAUGUGGUUGAUAUCAACCGCCAGGUAUGCAAAAUGCUGCAAGCCAAAGAGAUGGCCGACAGUCUGGCCUUGAAUAAUCCAGGUGAUGGCCAGAAGAAAGCAAAUCUUAAAGGAGGAAAAAAGGACAAAACAAGACCACCCCGAUGCCUGUUUUGUGCAAAAAUCUUGAAGAUUGAGACUAAUGCAAUGACAAAGGGAUGCUACAAUAUGGAGAAGCUUGUGAAGUUCUUUACCAGAGACACCAUCAUUGUUGCGGAGAAAGAGAUUAAUUUGCAGUUCAUUAGCAAAAUGACUGUACAGAGCUACUGUGCCAUGAUUGUGAACAUCUCAAAGAAAGAACUACUCAUGGAACUAGAGGACCCUCCUUUGGUUCUCUCCACCAAAAUGAUUCGAGCCAUGAUAUACUCUUUGCUGGAUGAGAACUUGCCCAAACACAAAGACUUGAAAGACAUGUCGGCAGAAGAGCUCAGGCGCAUGGGAACCCGAAGACAGAGGAUUCAGGCUCGCCAUGACCCACUGUCUGGAAACAGAUUAAAAGAAAGCCAAGAGCAAAAACGCAGAAAAGCUUUGAUCCAGGCCCUUGUUGAUGAAUUUUCUACCAAAUGGAGAGUAAAUGUCAAAGAGAACACACUGGUUUACAGCGCUGAACUACUAGCCCAGUGUCUUGUGCAAGAACGCAUCCUUGGUUUUUCCAUCUACUCUGGCUUUAUCAGUAAAGAACAUGAAAUGUUGCUGGACGGUAGUCGCAGCCGCCUGGCUGAAGUGGAGGAGAAAGCCUACAAUACUGUGAUCUUCAUUGCAAGGAAGUUCCUUUCUCCCAUCUUGACAGAGAUUUUGAACAGUGGUAAUGAAGUUGAUGUUCUCUUUAUGAAGCAGAAAAUGGAAAUCAAUUACUUUGUGGAAGCAAUUAAUGUUAUUCAAGUCUCAAAAGUACCUUCCUUUUUGAAGACAUGCUGCCACUACAUUGAGGAUAUUGUGACUGUCAAAAUGGAAGAGUUCAAAGAAUUCAGGCUCUACAUGAAGAAUUUGAAGCCAAUGAGAGAUUUGUUCUUGACUCCUAAUCUGAAACUGAUGAAAGGCAAAAAGUUCAAAAUAGACUCUGGUCUAGUGGAACCACAGGAGGAGACACAACCCAUGGCCAUUGCCUCUCCAAUUCUCCGCUGGGGACCUGUGGCUGUCAAAGGAGAGAAACCCCUUCCAGAGGAACUGAAAACUGUGGUAAACAAAACAGCAGAUUUUGACACACUACUUACCCAAGUCAUUAGCAACAGUGCUGGUGACCCAGUUAAAGAAGCCCUUGUUUCUGGGUUCUUAAAGUCUCAUGAAGAAGCAGAAACAUUUCUUCGGACCAAGGCCAUGGAGAACACCAAACAGUUGCAGUCUCAUUUGGCUAAGGUUCAAGCCAGACUCACAGACCAAAUUGCUGUUGCUUCUCAGAGUAUGGCUGAUGCUUUUGUGAUUGACACUGACUUUCAGCGUGACUUCCUAUCAGAAGAACUUUUCAAUGUGGAGUUUUACUCGACUGGCAAAAUGAAUGUGCCCUUUGGAUCUCUAGUGGGAAUAUUGAUUUGUGUUUUUGUUGUCUUUGUAUCAAUAAUAGCCUCUCUCUUUGCAAUUAUCAAAGCUUCUCAAAAUGGGCCUGAAGCCAUGCAUACUUGGGUAACUAGGUCUUUCAUAGCACUUGUUUGUUAUGGUUUUGUGUUAGAACCAAUCAAGUGCUUAAUUUAUUGCAUGUUUGAUCUCUUUCUAGAUUCUUUUUAAAAUGUUGCUUUUAAAAAUAGUUUAUAGUGGUUACAAUACUAUACUCUCUGUGUUCCAUGAGUUGGUGAUGCUUCUGAUCACAAGCUUGUUUUGUGCCCUAAUUGCCCAUAAAAAGUUAAAGUGAGAUUAUGAAAUAAGAUUUGUUUUUUUGGAUGUAAUUUUAUUUUCACCCUAUACAAGAUUUAGGGCAAUUUAGAGUAUGGUUAUCAUUUUCUGAUUUACAAGUGUGCUAUUGAACCUGUCCAAGACAGAAUUGCACUGGAGACAGAAAACUAUUCUACCUUAGACGUUUUCCACCUUGGUCAGGGGAAUUUAGGAGAAAGGGGUUCAGAGGGCUAGCUGUAAAAAGGGUCUCCUGUCCAUUCAGUAAGCAGUCAAUAAGUAAAAACUUCACACUUCCCAAGCGUUGUUCUAACCACUCUGAUAAUGGCACGCAUCAGUCUUACUAAUCCACUGUCACCACUGCUUGUAUUUCAUUAGAACCACUGUUUGACAAGUUGUAAACAGAAACUAUUGAACUUGUGUUUCCACCCUAUAUAAGUUAUGUAAUAACAGACCUGCCACUCAUCUCAUUUUAACUGGAAUACCCCCCCCCCCC